GCAAACCUUGUGAUUUGCCACACAUAGAAAAUGGAAAGAUGGCCGAGUACUAUUAUAAUUUCAAAAGUUACUAUUUCCCUAUGCGUAAGGAAAAAAAACUUUCUUACUCUUGUAUGGUUGGUUAUACAACUGAAACUGGGACUCAAGGUGGAAGAAUAACGUGUACAGAAAAAGGAUGGUCUCCAGUGCCACGGUGCUACAAAAAAUGUAACAAGCCUCUUUUGGAAAAUGGCUUUUUUUAUGGUGCAGAAAUGUACUUCAAAAUACACGAGGAACUGCAAUACAGAUGUAAUCCAGGCUACUACACUCCAAGCGGUGGUACUGAAGAUACAGUACAAUGUCGGCCAGAAGGAUGGUCCUUCCAGCCAAGCUGUACUAAAAAACUUGAGUCAUGUCAAGUACCCGAUUUACAUCACGGCAGCUACUUCACAGCCCAACGAGAGCUUCAACUGAAUGAAAAGCUGCUGUACAAAUGUGAUGAGGGUUAUCAUACUGCAGGAGGAAACACUACAGAAGAAGCAGUGUGCCUAACACAUGGGUGGUCCCUUACUCCAAAUUGCACAAAAGUGACUUGUUCCUCUUUGAGUGCAAUAGCACAUGGAGGUUUCCAUCCUGUGAAGAAAACCUAUGAAGAGGGAGAUGUAGUUCACUUUUUCUGUGAGGAAAAUUAUUCCAUCAGUGAAUUUGACCUAAGUCAAUGUUAUUAUUUCGGAUGGCAUCCGGACCCUCCAGUGUGUGAAG